GACAGAGACACUGCUUGUUCGUGUCAACGAACAGAAAAGUUGACCAACAUUUGGGAAUGUCUUGAAAGUGUGAAUCUUACAACUGAAAGCUGACAGUGAAGCAGUGGAAUGAUACCGUCGUUUAAAAGGAAUCAAAAUGGAUUUCUUCAAAGAUCUUCACCAAAUGUUUUCCUCUCCAGCAGACAGAACGUUCCAUGGCUUGAGAAACCAAGGGGCAACUUGUUACCUGAACAGUGUGCUGCAGGUGCUGUUCAUGACCGAAGACUUCAGAGAGGCUGUGAAAAGGCACACCAAUGAUAAUCCUGGGACUGAGUGUAUUGAUCAUCAUCUUAAUUCCUUGUUUGAUGAUUUACAAAAAUAUGAGGCAUUCACCUAUCAAAUUACAAAAAGGCUGUGCAUCGAUAACGUGUAUGAACAACGUGAUGCCACUGAGUACUUUGAGAAGAUCUUAGGUCUGACCAGUGAUCAUGCAUCACAGAUCUUCCACGGAGAGUUGACGCAAAAGACCAAAUGUUCUAAGUGCUUAACUGAGACUGGGAGCGACGGGUUAUUUUGGAAUCUUGCUCUUCCAUUGGUGAAUUCCUACAAUGGAGACUACAGAGUGGUGGAUGGCAUUGCCGAGUAUUUCAGAGCUUCAGACUUCAGCGGAGAAAACCAGAUGUACUGUGACGUGUGUGAUGAAAAAUCUGAUGCCACUAUUUAUUGUGAAGUAAAGAAUCAUCCAGAGGUUUUGAUGCUGCUGCUGAAGAGGUUUGAGUUUGACUACCGAUACAUGACGUAUGUCAAAAUCAACCUCACUGUGGAAGUUCCCUUCACCCUUCACAUACCAGAGAAUCAGACAUAUGAACUGUACGCAGUUGUGGACCAUUUUGGAGAUCUUAGAAGUGGACAUUACAAUGCAACAAUCAAAACUCAGGACGAUGAGAGAUGGUAUCGCUUCGACGAUGACAGGGUCACAUUGCUUAAUUACCGGCCGCUCCAGGUGGAUAACUUUGAGAAAUCCAGCAGCGCUUACCUUCUUUUCUACAGGAAAAAGAAAGUGCACGCUGCUGAUACUUGUACUCAGGACUUCAGAGAGAUGUCCACUCCUGAAGGCUUUCCGCCUGCUACCAGUGAUAUCUAUGAUAAACAGGGUCAAGAUGAUGAACAGAUGGCAGAGAGAAAGCAUGUUGAGGUGGCAGCAGAGGCAAGUAAUGAACCUGCAGUAACUGUUUCCAUCGACAUAAAUGAAGAAACAGCAAUUGAAGACAAAGUCAGUGUUGAUCCUAGAGGAGAGGGGCUAUCACCUGACCUCUACAGAGAGAAUCAGGACAAUGAAGGUUAUUCCAGGCCGAGCAAUCAUCAGGAAUGUAAAGAAGACAGGAAUAACUUGAGUUAUCAUGAAGAAAAACAAAGCGAUAAGGAUAAAAUAAUGAGGGAUGAUGAGGAAGACAAGAGAGGAAAUGCACAGGCUGACAACCAGACAGAACAGAGAGAAAGCUUAUCUAGAGAAACUCAACUACAAGAGAGUGUUGAUGAUCAGGGUGAUGGCCGUAACAGAACAGGUGAUGUUAGACAGAGGAGACCACAGGAAGGUCUAGAGGGUGAAGACAUGCACAUCACAGACAUGCAAAAACAGGAAGACAGCAACAUGCAUCCUCAUGAGGUUUGUGUUGACAUGCAAAUGGAUGUAAAUAGAGACAAGGGUGCAGAGCGUCAGGACAAUGAAGGAUUAGUUAAUGUAAGACAGAACGCGUAUGAAUAUCAGGAAGGUACACAGGAAGUUGGACAAAAUUACCUCAAACCUGUUGGUGUAGAUAAACAGGAUGACGGGGAGAGGGUGGAAACAGAAGAUGAGGGCCACAAGGAAAGAAAAGCAGGGAGAGAUGAGCUCUGGACAAAAGAUAACCUCUGCAAUGAUCCCAUUCAAGGCAGUGGAGUUGGUAAGAUUAAACAGAACCCGCCUAAAGAUGAUCAGAGGUGUAAACGAAAAAUUGGAAGCAGAUUUUGUCAAAGCCAGGAGCAUCUGAGAGACGAGGAGGGAGAUGUGAUGGGGGGCAGCCACCAAAAGAGAGGGGAUGAUGAGCAUGCACAUAGAAGAGGGGCGUCAGAGAGACAAGGACAGGAUCAGAAUGGACGAUCAGAGCAUGUUACAAUGCAGAAAGAUGUUGGUGCAGCGAAAAGAGCCAAAGGAGGUAAUGAACAUAUUCAAAGAGGGGCAGACUCUUCUUUUAGACAAGCAGGAUUGGCAGGAAGCAGCAGAGUGACGGAGAACAGGGGAGAUGGCAGUGUUGAAAAGUGUGAACCAUCAAAUGCAAGAACUGGACUUAAUGAGGAAACAAUGGAAGGAAGAAGUAGUUCAAAGCAGUCAAAAACAUAUACUGGAAAGAUAAUUGAGGAAGAAAUAAUAAAUGGUGUUCAAACAAACACUCUGAUAACGAACAUAAGAAUUAAAACUGUAAAGGAUAGCCCUCAAGGCAGCAUUAAGAGUUUGGUAGAAUAUGAUGAAGGAAAUGUUGAAAUCAAAUCUGAUACAAAAACAGAUACAAAGGUCACAUUGUUAGAGGGUGUUUCCAAUUUACAACUGAAGGACUCACCUUUGCCAAAGCCACAGAAACGCAGGAAAGAGGAGAAUGAGACAAAGAGCAGAAUCUCUUCAAAUGCCAGAAAAAUUAAAAAUGUGUCUGAAGCACAAGAACAAGCUGUUGGAAUACAACAUGCAAAGAAACAAAGAGGUGGGAAGAGGAUAAAAUUCUGGCAUUGCUUUUCCCCUCUGAAGCAAAAAAGAAAGGAAAAAAAGAAACGAAACAAGACUACUGGGUGUCUCUCUGUUUUUCGGAAAAGCCGGAAAACUGGAGACCAGACUUCAGAGUCGGAGUAAAAGGGAAAACAUACUUUGUACAGGAAAACGCAAAUUGUUAUUUUACAAGACCGCUAGCACUGUACAAGUUUUUUCUUGAUGCUUAUUGAUAAUUAUGGAAUAUAUCACUCUACUUUUCCAAUCAGCAAUCAGGCACUAUCGCCAGUACUAUAAUAAUGUGUAAGUUUUAGUUUGAGUGUCUGUUGGUAGCAAUCUUUUGUUUGUUUGGUCUGGUUCAGUCAAACAUCAGCGCUGCUGGUUUUGGAUAAUGUGAAAUGCAUCACUUCCUGUUUGCCACAAGAUUGUUUCUGUAUGAAAUAAAAUGCGAAAUACUUAUUGCAAAAGUCUGUAAUAGAAUGUCAUGUUUUGGAAACUGACUUAUAACAUCUUUAAUUUAAGGAAAAACAAGAUCACUUAACUUCAAAUGAUCUGAAAUCACAUUCAAUGAAUGAAUGAUCAAACAUUUAUUUGUCUUUUGUUGCUCUGCUAUCGACCAUUUAGAUUUUAUUUUGAAAAUGUUCCUUUAAACUUGUUCAGAGAUGUAUAAAUAUAUGGCACUGAAUGUAACAUCUGAUUUGAUCUCAUGCAAGAGAUUAUGUGAGGAAAUGAAAAUUCAAAUGGAUGUCUUUGUAUAGAUAUUUUAUUUUUGACUUUUAAAGUGUUUCCUUAUUACUGUUAAGAAAUAUUUGUAAUUAGUUUGGCCUUUUGAACAUUACACUUGUUAAUUAUUGCUGCACUGACCACUAACUAAUGUCACAAAUGCUUUAGAUUUCAUGUUUAUUCAUUUGAAACCAAUUUGUAUUAAUUUGUGUAAUUUGUUGGAUUCUGAUGGUUAAUUAAAACAAUAUAUGUAAAAUAAAAAAGAGCAAUGAAAUACAUGCUUAGACACGCACUGUUUUUGUGGAAAGUCAUAGAAAGUUCUGAUGGCAGUAGACAUUGUCCAGAUAGGGUUGGUUUAUUGUAAAACAGAGAAAUCAAGUUUCUCAAAUCACAAAAUACCUUUUCCAAAACAGGAUUAAAUUUCAGGAUUGACACACAUUUUAGUUAAAUAACAGUAGUCAAAUCACAAGAAACAGGCAUGUAUGAUAUGAAUAUGUUGGAUUUUGCAUUUGAUAAUAUGUUAAUAUUGUGUCAUUAUGAAAAGUGUAAUGGCAAUUUGUCAUUUUCUUCUUUAAUCAUCAAAAUUGCUGCUUUUGAGGCCAGAUCCUGGUAUUGAUUGCCCGGUCUGUCAGACCUCACUAUCAACUUUUUUCAUUUUGUUCUGGUUCAACCUCCCCUGAGUUCAUUUGUUUAAAGAACACUUUGUACCAGGAAAUAUUUAUCUGACAUAUAAAUACUUCCAAGUAAGACACCCGUGAUUCAGAUAGUCUGAAGAUAUGAGAAAGGAUCGAGCAGCAAACCUCCGCCCUGCCCUAGAUAAAGCAGUCAUAAAAACAAAAUAGACUGUGUUAUGUAGCUGACAUUUGAAUUUCACUUUCAGUCUGUUGCAUAUUUACAGGAAUUCACAUGACAUCUGGACAGACUGGUUUGGUUUUCCCCUAAAGUUGCUGCUCAUUUAAUUAUAUGUUUAAUGGCAUUGAUGAAGCUGUAAUGGCUGUAAUGGUUUUAACUGGGGGGUUGGGGUAUAACUACAUUUUUAUUGUUUUGUGAAAAAGAAAAUAUAUAUAUAAGAAGGAGGUGAUCGCCACUAGUCCACCUGUUGCCUCUGACAUAAACCUUGCCUGUGAGUUGUUAUACUGUGUGUUUGGAUU